AGCUGCUGUCUCCAGCCACAACGGACCUGGUCAGAGUUCGGUUCUGCUUGGCUCUCUCCUUCAUUUUGUCCAAAAAGCUCCAGAGUGACCCAAUGACUGCUUUCAUUUCAAACUGAGGCCCAAACUGGGAUAGCAACGGGUAGCUUGUGGAGCUCGGUCAGAGGAAAGGAGGUGCUUCCUGUUAUUCCGAUUCAAAUCUCAAGCUGGACACAGGAGGGAGCAGGCAGCUGUAGAGCAGAGGGGCAGGGUGAGCAAAGAUGGAAGGCCAGUGCCUGCCUUUGCAGCUACUUCUGCUGGUCUUUACAGUGACUAUGAGACUUGAUGCUUUUUCUGGAACAACGAUAUCUCCCAGCAAUGCCAGCCUCACUUUGGAAGGAACACCAAAUGGUACAGCUCCAGACCAUGAAAGGAACAUUAACACAACAAUCGAUAUUGAUACUCUCUACAGUUACAUUGCAGAAUGGUGCUGGGUGCAUUUUAUCCACCAGAUGUCCAAUGUCAGCAAAGUUCACUGGUGUGAAUGGAGGGCCAUUAGCAGGCCAUAUUCUGGGUUGCGAAGUUGCUUGGAAAGCAAUGCUGAUCGACUGAACUGCAGCUUCCCCAAUGCUGUGGCCGAGGAGUACAUCAUCUUCAGCCACCGCCUAUACUUCCUCAACUGCACCCUUGAGCACCCACCCCUCCUGGACCCUCCAGAAAAUAUUUUGUUGCCCCUCAUCAUAACCCCUAUCUGCCUCAUUCCUUUGUUGGUCACUGUGGUGGUGUUGAAGAGCAAGGACGGUGAAACACAGGCAUGAGUCUUGACCUUCAUAUAGCAAUUUCAUAGUACCCUUGUGGUCUAGCACCUUUCAAUGCUGUUACAAUCCUCAUCUCUUGGCCAUCAUGGGACUGGCCUCCACUCUUGUUCCAGAAGCACAAUCUGGUGUGAGCCACUGUGCUGGAGACUUAAGCUUGAAACUGUGCAUGCUAAAAAUGUUGGCGUGCAUAGAAUGGUGCCAUAGAAUGAAUAAAGCCAAACUUCUGACACAGAAGUAAAUGUGGGCAUAUGUACAUAGUAGAUUUGAGCCAGUUUGAUACAACCUUAACUGCCAUACCUGAUUCUGAAGGAAUUAUGGGAAAUGCCCAACAUUCUUGGUGAAAACUCCUAGACUCCUUACAGAAUUGUUGUCUAGAGGUCUGUGCAGAUAAGCCACAAUAAUUUUAAAAAAUAUAAAUAUGAGUUGGCCAAACAUAUGUAAAUUCUUCUUCUUUCAACAAACAAAACUGUGAGUGCUUUUCUCUGCAGGUUAGUGUCUUCAUUUCUAGCUGCCUAUCAACUCCUUGCCCCAUUCCAUAGAAACAAAGAUUGUAUUUUCAUACAAGUCAUGGGCUUAGGUGGCUAUUUCUUUCCUCCCUUUUCAUUUAAAUUUAGUUCUUGGACAUGCUUGUUCUAUGGAAAAUCUCAAGAGUGUUUUGAACAAAUCUGGCUUCCCUUGUGUAAAUUCUCUAAGGAAGCAAAAGAGCAUUUGUCCUCCAUCUACAACUGCCUCUUGCUGAUUGGAAACUUCACCUUCUAUAUCCUUUUUGUUUCAUUUGAGAUAGGUCCCCUGAAAAAGCAGGGAUUAACUUUUAACAGGUGGGAAUGUCCAAGAUGAACAGUGUGAAGAAAAAGCAAAAAAGAAGGCUUCUAAACAAUCUCUGAAAGUGUCUGAAUUUUCAUAAGCACUCCACACAGACAAGAUUCCUUCCGAACAAAUUCUACCAAGAAACCCCUGUGAUAAAUUUGGCUUAAGGUCCCCAUAAGACAGAAACAACUUGAAAGCAUACAACACAACACCCACUCUCCUUGUAGCCUAGUCUCUCAGAUUAUUCCUUAUGCCCUUUUCAUUGUUUCCAGUUCAGUAUAACAGUGGCAUUAUUGAUGAAUACCCUCUUAUUGCACUGUAAUUUCUCUGUCCUGUUUCUCCAAAGAGAAGUAAUAUUUAAUUAUUGAGUUCCUGUCUUACUUGGUAAUUUUCUUUGUCUAUAAUAAAGCAAUGUUAUUUUGUUAUGAAUAAUAUAAUGAAAAAAGAAAUUCAAGUUCCCUAGUGAGCAAGAGGAAAGGCGAAGUUCAUAUGUAACAGAGACACUACAUUGUCAGCAAUGUCUUUAUUAUAGUGGACAAGAAACAAGACAAGGCUAUAAGAAGGAAUAAUUUAGUACAUAGGUGAGCCUUGCUGAAUGGGAAUUCUACUCAAACAAAGAACAACUUAGCCAUACAGACAUUACUUACUGAUAAUUUAGCACCUUAUCUGUAAAAAUUUACCCCUAAGGUGUUUCAUACUAGCUCAUUAUAUAUAUAUAUAUAUAUAUAUAUAUAUAUAUGCGCGCCUUAGACAGUGAGUAAAGACUAUUUUGUUCAGUUGAACUUUUAAUAAUUUCUAAUGUCAUUUUCUGAUUUUAUUGUACUAAGUUGGCUAUUGUUUUAUGUUAUUAUGACGAUGUAUUCUUUUAAUUAUUAUGUAAAGGGAUCUUGUAGCACCUUUUAGACUGGCUGAAAGAAAGAGGCUGGUAACAUGUACUUUCAUAGACCUGAACCUACUUCCUCACAUGCAUCUGAGGAAGUAGGCUUAAGUCUACGAAAGUUCAUGUUAUCAGCUGCUUUCUUUCAGUUAGUCUCAAAGGGGCUACAAAGAUUGCUUCACAUACUGAUUUUCCAGACUAACAUAGCUAUGUCUUUUAAUUAUGUUUUAUUGUUUCCCCCCCAAAUUUUGUAUAUUGCCUUGAGUACUCAAUGAGCAGAGGGUGGUUUAUAAAUAUAUCCAAUAACUUA